GUGCCAGGAGUCACCAUCUCAACAUCUGAAACGUUUGGAGGAACAAGUGAAUAUUAAAACCAGCACAGGAUGCGGGCAUUAAUUAUUACAUUAUGCCUGAUUCACGGAUUUGCUUACUCAAAGCUAAUAAGAACAAAGAGAGCUACGAAUUCAGAAGCCUUUAUGAAUGUUAAUGAACUUAUCAUCCACAAAGGCUACCUGAGUGAGGAGUACAAAGUGAUAACAGCAGAUGGCUAUAUUCUUAGCUUGAACAGAAUUCCAUCAGGCAGAAACUAUCAAAUGGAUUUUGAUAUGAAACCUGUAGUAUUUCUCCAACAUGGUUUGCUAGGAGAUGCAAGUAACUGGGUUACCAACUUUGCCCACAACAGUUUGGGUUUCAUCCUCGCAGAUGCUGGAUUUGAUGUUUGGAUGGGAAACAGCAGGGGAAAUACUUGGUCCAGAAGUCACCAAAAGCUGUCUGUGAGUGAAGAUGAAUUUUGGGCUUUCAGCUUUGAUGAAAUGGCAAAGUAUGAUCUUCCAGCUGUCAUCAAUUUCAUUCUAAAGAAAACUGGCCAACAACAGUUGUACUAUGUUGGCUACUCACAGGGUGCUACAAUAGGAUUUGUAGCAUUUUCAGCCAUGCCAGAAUUGGCUCAGAAGAUCAAGAUGUUUUUUGCCUUAGGCCCUGUGGCUAGAAUUAAGUAUGCCAAAAGCCCUAUAAUAAAACUUCUUAAUCUCCCAGAGACGUUCCUUUCGACUUUGUUUGGCAAAAGAGAAUUCCUUCCCCAGAAGUGGCUAGUUAGAAAGGCUCUUGCUACUUUCUGCAGCCAGCGUCCUUUUGUUAAUGUUUGUGGAAACGUCUUUUUUCAUCUCAGUGGCUAUAACAUGAAAAAUAUAAAUAUGAGCCGAAUAAACACAUAUGUGGGCCAAACACCAGCUGGAACAUCUGUACAAAAUAUAUUGCACUGGAGCCAGAAUUUUCGUUGUGGAUUAUUCAAGGGUUUUGACUGGGGUGAUGAGAGGAAGAAUAAAAUAAAGCACAAACAGCCUACUCCUCCAUUAUAUAAAGUGAACGAUAUGACAAUUCCAACUGCGGUAUGGACCGGAGGAAAAGAUUUACUUUCUGACCCAAAAGAUAUUGCUAUUUUAUUGCCUCAAAUCAAAUACCUUGUUUCCCAUAAAUACAUUCCAGACUGGGCACACCUCGAUUUCAUCUGGGGUCUGGACGCACCCCGACGCAUGUAUAAUGAAAUAAUCGCUCUGAUGAAGAAGCAUGCAUAAUCUCUUCCAAAACAAAAUGGACAACUUGAGCACCAGUGUAAUGACCUUCACUGUAAUUCUCCCUUAUAUUUGUCACCUAUCACAUCAUCCUUUGAUUUAAUGUGCUACUUCCCCUCCCCCUUCUGGCCUUUAUUCUAUCAUUUUCCUAGUCUUUGGGAAACUAAACAUAUCAAUUUGAAGUGAAAAGGUCACAGAAUUUGAUUUAAUGUGGAGGAUUUUCAGAAGUGAGUUCAAGUGAAACAACAUGGUUAUUUCAUUUAACUGUUCUAAAUAAUUUUAUAUGUGUGGUUAGCCAAAUUUCAUGCCCAAGUUAUUAAAUCCCACAAACAACAUGUUGCAGAUUUAUAUCUGCAGUAAUAAAGAAUAAAGGUAAAGAAAAAGGUUAAGGGUGAGUUAUGUCACAUGCUAUGUCGUUAGAAUUUUACAUAUGGUUUGAAAUGCACUAAAGGCAAAUCAAGAUAGCAAUUAGUGCCAAUGUAAUCACCAGGAAUCCAGAUGAACUUGGUAGCACCAAACUAAGUAAUGCUUGGCAGACAGUUUUUUUAAACCUGUCUCUUCAUAUCUUCCUGCUGUUUGGGAUUAUUAAAUUUGUAAUGACUCAUAAGAGUACCAAAUUGCUCACAAUCUUCAGAUGAACUCAAUUUCCUGAGCCGCCAACUAUUUUAUGAAGCACAUCU